UAAUAAACGAGCUUUUGCGAGACUAUAGGUGGUUUUGCGAGAGUUCAAGAUUCGACCGGCAUCUGAGAAAAUGGCUGGCAUGAGGCUCGUGGGUGCUGCGAGGCAAAUAUUCCGUGCAGGAGGCAAUAUCAUCAGAGCAGAUGGACACCAACACAGAUCAAUUUCUACAUCAUUAUCAAUGGCUGCACGAUCGCUUCUUAAGUUGGAGACAAAAGGUGAUAUAGCUGUAGUUAGGUUUGAUGAUCCUAACUCCAAGCAAAAUGCACUUUCUCAACAAAUGCAAACAGAGUUUGUAGAAGUUAUCAAAGAAAUACAAACAAAUGAUGGCAUUAAAGCUGUUGUUUUAAUCUCCGGCAAACCAGGAUCUUUUAUUGCUGGUGCUGAUAUUGGAAUGAUUGAGGCCGCACAAACAUAUGAUGAAGUGUUGGCCCUUUCCUUAGGUGGUCAGAAAGGCUUUCAGCAACUAGAAGAUAGCCAGAAACCUAUUGUAGCAGCCAUUAUGGGAUCUUGUCUUGGAGGUGGAUUAGAGCUUGCUUUAGCCUGUCAUUAUAGAAUGGCUGUAAAAAGUAAGAAGACCAUGUUAGGGGUACCUGAAGUUAUGUUAGGUUUAUUACCUGGUGCUGGAGGUACCUAUCGUCUUCCUAAAACAGUAUCGGUGACAAACGCCCUGGAUAUGAUGUUAACGGGUAAAAUGAUUAAAGCUGAUAAAGCGAAGAAAAUGGGUCUUGUUGAUGCUAUUAUAGACCCACUUGGUCCCGGUCUCAUGGAGUCUGAAGCUAAUACAUUGGCCUAUCUUGAAGAUGUUGCCAUACAAACAGCAAGGGGAUUGGCUAAUGGAACAGUAAAGAAAACGCCAAGAAAGCUGGGAUUACAAGACAAAAUCAUGAACACAAUGAUGCAGUAUGAAAUGGGUAGAAAUUUUGUAUUUAAUAAAGCCAAGGGACAGGUGAUGAAGCUAAGUGGUGGUCUUUAUCCUGCACCACUGAAAAUCUUAGAGGUUGCUAGAACAGGAAUAGAGAAAGGCAAGGAGGAAGGUUUGGCAGCUGAGGCUAAGGGAUUUGCUGAAUUAGGUACAACUCUACAUUCUAAGGCCCUGAUCGGUUUAUUUCAUGGUCAGAAUGCCUGUAAGAAAAAUCCCUUCGGUGUACCCAAGAAGAAGGUGGACACUCUAGCUAUAUUAGGGGCUGGUUUAAUGGGAGCUGGUAUAGCUCAAGUAUCAAUAGAUAAAGGAAUGCAAGUUGUAUUGAAAGAUAUGUCUUUACAAGGAUUAGCCAGAGGUCAAGAUCAAAUACAGAAAGGUUUCGAUAAACAAGCAAAACGUCGGAAAAUAACAACUUUUGAAAGAGAUCAGAUAAUGUCGAAUCUGGACCCGACAUUAAGCUAUGAUAAUUUUAAGAAUUGUGAUAUGGUUAUAGAGGCAGUAUUUGAAGAUAUUAAUAUAAAACAUAAAGUUAUUAAAGAAGUCGAACAGUAUAUACCAGAACAUUGUGUGUUUGCAUCAAAUACAUCAGCCUUACCUAUAACACAGAUAGCUCAAGCCAGUAAACGUCCAGAAAAAAUUAUUGGAAUGCACUAUUUUUCACCUGUUGAUAAAAUGCAAUUGUUAGAAAUUAUUACCACACCUAAAACAUCAAAAGAUACCACAGCGUCGGCAGUAGAAGUUGGUUUACGUCAAGGUAAAGUUGUUAUAACUGUUGGUGAUGGACCAGGUUUCUAUACAACAAGAAUAUUAGCACCUAUGUUAGCAGAAGCCAUUAGAUUAUUACAAGAAGGAGUGAGUCCAACUAAAUUAGAUAAAUUAACGAAGAAGUUUGGUUUCCCAGUGGGUGCGGCGACACUAGCUGAUGAAGUUGGAAUUGAUGUAGCAGCACAUGUUGCAGAAGAUUUAGGAAAAGCUUUUGGUGAAAGAUUUGGUGGUGGUAAUGUGGAAGUAUUAAAAGAAAUGGUAGCUAAUGGUUAUUUAGGUCGUAAAUCAGGCAAAGGAUGUUAUGUGUAUGAAAAAGGAUCCAAAUCUAAACCUGAAAAUGAUGAAGCACUGAAAAUUGUAGAAAAAUAUCACAUUCCUCCAGGAGCAGCAAAUUCUGACGAAGAUAUACAAUAUCGAUUAGUAUCAAGAUUUGUAAAUGAAGCCAUCAUGUGUCUUCAAGAUGGAAUUCUUGCUAAUCCUCUUGAUGGUGAUAUCGGAGCUGUGUUUGGUCUUGGUUUCCCACCUUUCUUGGGAGGUCCCUUUAGAUAUAUCGAUUUACACGGAGCGAAGAAUUUAGUGGACAGAAUGAUGAAAUAUCAAGAUAUCUAUGGUGUACAGUUUAAACCUUGUCAAUUAUUAUUAGAUCAUGCUAAUGAUGCCUCAAAGAAAUUCCAUGUUAAAAAAUAAAACUGCACAGGCCUUAUUAAUUAUUUAAUGAAUCUUUGUAGAAAUAUAUCGCUCAUCCGUUGCAUCUGUGAAUACCGUAGAACUUGAAAAUGAACAAGCAUUAUUAAUAAUUACUAAAACUAUAGAUUUCAUAUAUGUUCAAAAUCAGGAGAUACAAUUAAAACUGCAUAGGUAUUAUUAAUUAUAUAUUCCAUUUUCCAUCUUUUAAAACUAUAGGGAUGGAAUAUAACACUGGUGUGUGUUUAUAGGGGCCUAAUUCAUAAACACUUAAAAUAAUAUUUGAAGGAUCCAACCAUUUCUCUGGUCAAAAGUUAAAAUCAUAGUACAAAUUUUAGCUCUUGUAUUCUAAAAAUAUUUUAGUUUUGUGUUUUUUGUGAAUAAAAGCCCCAGUACCUAAUAGCAGGAAUAAGCUCAACUAUAUAUUUUGAUGAUUGCAUUUUUGUCAAUUCAUUCACAUUCAAUUUCUAUGCAUUUGUUUACUACUUGACAUAAAACCAUAAUUGAAAUGAACUCACAUUUCUCUCUAGUACAAAUUGUGGGUCUUCAAGAUUUUGUAGAUUUAUAUGUUGAUCAAGAAGCAUACAUAAUUGAAUAUUUCUUGGAAAAUCUAUUAACUGUUAAUCUAGAUCAAAGUGAACAAUUGCCAAAAUGAUCCAAAUAUUAAAUACCGGUAGAUUGUUUCAAACACAGAAAAUGGAUAAUAAUCAAGUCAAAAUUUAAAACUAUUUAUCUGUCAAUAUUUGUUCUCUUUUAAAAUCUGGUUCUAGCCUGCCUAACCUCAUGGGUUUUCUCCAGCAGGUUCCCCCCACUGCUAAAGACCCAUAUAUGCAAAGGAAAUCUGGUUCUAGCCUGCCUAACCUUAUGGGUUAUCUCUGGUGGGUUCCUCCUACCAGCAAAGGAAUUAUUAAAAUAAAAUUGUACCACGUGUUAAAACCCAUUCCUCUCUUAAAAUCAUUCUUAAAAUCAUAAGCUUAUAUUUUAAAAUACAAUUGUGAAAACAAAAUGAAGAACAGCCUAAUUGACUGAAAUAUUGAAUUGUAAAUAAUAAUAAUAUACUAAUAAUAUAUAGUGCUGAAUAUUUAAUAGAAGAUGUAAAAAGGUGAUCUUUUAUCUGAAAAGUGCUGAGAACUGUAGCUGGACCUUUUAGCCUUUAUUUGUGAGUGAGAGUGUAAGAACAUAAUAUAUGUUAAAGCCAUCCAUUGUUGGUUGUAUAUUUUGUAUAAUUAUCAAAUGACAAGAUUUUUCAAAUUUUGUCUUUAUAUCAUUAAUAUUAAAUUUGAUAAAUUACAA